CUGGAGCUCCUUUAAAUAUUGAAGCCUAGAGCCACAUGACAGCCUCUGACAGAAAUUUGCUCCAGCGACCCGCGGCGACGACGACGGCACCCCUGGGAGCUCCGUGAAGUCAGGAGACAGCCUCCAUAUCGUGACAUGGGUCUCUUUGUAGUCGUGCUGUGCGGCCUCAGCCUUCAAGUGAUGAUGGGGUGCACUGGAGCCGCCAAGUCCUCUCGCGUUAACCUACGCACUUUCACUGGCUGCGCAGUGCGGGAGUUCACCUUCCUGGCAAAGAAACCAGGCUGCCGAGGGAUGCGCAUUACCACUGAUGCUUGCUGGGGUCGCUGUGAGACAUGGGAGAAGCCAGUGCUUGACCCGCCCUACAUUGACGCCCACCACCAAGUCUGUACCUACAACGAGACGACGCUGGUGACUGUGAAGCUGCCUCACUGUGUCCCAGAUGCGGACCCUUACUACACGUACCCGGUGGCACUUCGCUGCGACUGUGGUGUGUGCUCCACAAGCAGCACCGAGUGUGAGACUUUAUAAAACUCCAUGUGUGGGUGCCAGAAUUUCAUGGAGGUCUGGCAUGCCUUACUGAAAUGUCAAGGAAGAAACUUCCUGUUUUUUCAUAUGUAAUGUGUUAAUGUGGAUUGUGAAAGGGGUAGUAUAAAACCCAAGUGACAGCAGAUGUUUCCUUUUCAUUGCCAUCUUUGGAGGGUCGGUAGGGGGACAGGGACAUUUUUUGUGGACCCAAUGCAACAGUUUAUUUUAUCAAAGAGGAAUUUGUGUAGUCACAUUAGGGA